AUGCUGGCGCUUCUGUAUAUAUCUAUUCUGUGGUCAGAAGGUUAUAAAGUUUGUCUUUGCAUCAGAAAGGCUUUUCUUACGUCACGAAAAUUUUUGGGAUGUUAUUCACUCAAGGAGGUCAACGAGGCAAAUAAAAUCAGAGAACUUUCCACUCUUCUAGACGCACAACUAGAUCCUUCGACCCUUGGUUUAAAGAAAAAGGUAUUGAUUGAUAGUAUUGACUCAAGUGUCGAUGAGAGAUGUUUAAGGGUGAAUUGGAGUGAUGGUUCAUUCUCAAGAUAUCCAUAUGCAUUUUUACGUAAUAACUGCAAAUGUCCUCAAUGUUACGAUCCAGCCUCAAAUCAAUUACUUUUCGAUACAAUCAAAGAUUUGACUGUGGAUACCAAAGCAAAAGCACUUACAAUUUCUGAUGAUGGAAAAUUUGUGAAUUGUACGUGGCAAGAUGAUCAUCACAGUACAUAUUCUCUAGAAUGGCUUUAUAAAAUGAGAAUGCCAGAACAAAAAAAAGAACGUAAUAAGGACAGUAUAGUUAAAGAUGAGCUAUUUUUGUGGAACAGAAAACUGAUGCAAGAACAAAUACUUCGCUAUGAUUAUCAUGCAUUGAUGAAUGAAGAUCAAAUGUUGUUUGAUUUUUUGUACAACUUUUACCAACAAGGAAUAAUUUUGAUGGAAAAUGCUCCGUUAAGACCAGACGUCGUCAUGGAGAUCGCUCAACGCUUUGGACACCAUAAAAAUACGCAUUAUGGGACAAAUUUUGAAGUAAAAGAAACACUAAACCCAUCAAACUUGGCUAAUACGAACAAACAAUUACCUUUACAUAUUGAUCUUCCUUCGAUAAAUAAUCCUCCUAAUGUUCAAGUGCUUCAUUGCAUCAAGCAAAGCUCUGGUGGUGGAGAUAGCUUAUUUCUUGACGGGUUUUAUGUGUCCAAGAAUAUUUUUCUCCAAGAUGCGAGAGCAUUUGAACUAUUGAGAAGCUUUUAUGUGCCAUUUGUGGAUAUUGGUUCGGUCGGGGAUUAUAAAUUUGGAUGCUCUCACAGUAUAAUUAAAACAAACAAACAUGGCCGGAUCUCAAGUUUCAAAUACAACGGAUGGGUGGAGUCAGAAUCUAAAGGUGAUUGUACUCCAGACGAACUGCUUGAGUAUUACGAUGCUCUAUUUGUUCUUACAUCUCAUUUGAAAGAUCCCAAGAGCAUUAUUGAUCAUCGUUUGAAGCCUGGCCAAAUCAUUAUGUUUCACAAUGAUCGAGUUUUACACGGAAGAAGUAAACUGGUUUCGCCAGAAAAGAAAUUAAAUGAAAGAUGGUUGCAAGGUGUAUAUUUUGAGUGGGAUGUCAUUUUUUUAAGACUUCGAAGUCUGCAGAAAAAACUUGGUCUUCUUACUCCAUAUUUACCGAGCAGGUUGACGAAUUUUUGA